GAGCAUCACAGCCCCGCAUUCAAGGAAACGGGCAAACGCAGCACUUUUUUGACUUUCCAUAAUGUUCUAGCCUCUGUGCAACACACGUCAUUUAUUAAGAAGAAAAAUAUACAUUUGGAUGUGGACCCUUAUGGAAGCCGUUUGUCAUUGAGGAGCUGGGAGUCUCUGCCCAGUGAAGGGAGACCCCCUCAAUUGUUUCCUGCGCCAAGAACUGUAAAGACAUGGUCAUUACACCGCAGCUGUGAUGAACAACAAGCAGUGAGUGUGAGAGACUCAGAGGAUGCUCCUGAUCUGCGGGGCCCAGCGCUGAGGGAGGUCCACGGAGCCAACCGUUGCCCACCAUGUCUCACCACCAACACUACCAGCGAGGCCCCCACGGCCGCACCCUGAGCACCGAGGAGAGGAGCGGCACGCCAGUCAACAAGACCUCCACGCCGGUUCACAAGAGCGCCUCCUCCUCUUCCUCUUCCCAGCGCGACAGCCGGCAGGAGGCAGACAGCUGGGAAAUCAUUGAGGGGCUGAAAAUCGGCCAAAGCAAUGUCCAGAGGCCUGAUAAGCACGAGGGUUUUAUGUUGAAGAAGCGAAAAUGGCCCCUCAAAGGCUGGCACAAGCGCUUUUUUGUUCUGGACAAUGGUAUCCUGAAGUACUCCAAGUCCCCCAUUGAUAUCCAAAAAGGCAAACUUCAUGGCAGUAUUGACGUCGGCCUUUCAGUCAUGUCCAUCAAGAAGAAAGCCCGGCGCAUCGACCUGGACACGGAGGAGCAUAUCUAUCACCUGAAGGUUAAAUCUCAAGACAUCUUUGAUGCCUGGGUCUCGAAGCUGCGUCAUCACCGGCUUUACCGACAGAACGAGAUUGUGCGAUCUCCCCGAGAGGCCACCAUGCGAACGUUUCCUCCCCCAGCUGCCAUGGAGUCCCCCCAACCUGCCUCCAGUGUGGUGCGUGAAGCCAAGCAGGCCAAGCCGAGCAGUUUGCCGUGGCAGCCUGUGGCCCCGAGUAGCAACAGCAACAGCAGCCUGCCUGCCUCCUACAGUAACGGCCAGAGCAAGGUGGUUGCUUGGCUGCAGGAAUCAGAGGAGAUGGACAAGUGCUCAGAGGAGCUCGCACGGUGCCAGUCCAACCUGACUGAGCUGAGCAGGUUAUUGCAGAGUUUGGAGAUUCUGCAAAGAACACAGUCAGCACCCAACUUCACAGAUAUGCAGGCCAAUUGUGUAGAAUUGUCAAAGAAAGAAAAGCGAUUGAACAGAAGAUGGAGAACAAAAAGUGUCGGCAAAGAUGCAAAAUUCCAGCUUCAGGUCCCCCUGUCUGCCAGCAUGUCCCCUGUCCGCCUCCACUCAUCCAACCCCAACCUGUGUGCCGAGCUGGUGGACUUUCAACCCCCCGUCUCCCGGCUGACGGACAGCGUCGAGUGUGCCAGUGACUACAUUAAACUUCAGGAGGAAUUCUGCACCCUCGCCCAGAAAGUUCACUCUCUGCUGAAGUCGGCCUUUAACACCGUGGCCAUAGAGAAAGAAAAGAUCAAACAGAUUCUGUCCGACCAGGAGCAGUCAGACCAGUCCACCCAGAUCAACUCUCUCAGGAAGUCUCUGUCACAGGCCCUGUCCCAAAACGCAGAACUUCGAACCAGACUGAACCGCAUCCACUCUGAAUCUGUCCUGACUGAACAAGUUGUCAGUGUGAACAUCAUCUCCACACCUGAUGAGGCUGGAGAACAGAUGGGGAUCCCUCUGACUCAGCAGGCCUCUAAUGAGAGCCGACUUUCCAUGUCAGAGUCUGUCUCUGAGUUCUUUGAUGCCCAGGAAGUGCUUCUGUCAGCCAGCUCGUCGGAGAAUGAGGGCUCAGACGAUGAGUCAUAUGUCAGCGAUGUGAGCGAUAACAUUUCCGAGGACAACGCCAGCGUGACUGAUAACGUCUCCAGACAAAUGGCCAACGGAGACUUUGCUGGCAGUGCCUUCCGUAACGGGCGCCGCAGCUGCCUGUCGGCGCCGUGCCCCGACACCAGCAACAUCAACCUCUGGAACAUCCUGAGAAACAACAUCGGCAAGGACCUGUCCAAAGUGUCCAUGCCCGUGGAGCUCAACGAGCCUCUCAACACCCUGCAGCGCAUGUGUGAAGAGCUGGAGUACAGCGAGCUGCUGGACAAAGCUGCAGAGACCGAGGAUCCCUUUGAACGCAUGGUUCUCGUCGCUGCUUUUGCCGUCUCAGGCUACUCAUCCACUUACUACAGAGCAGGAAGUAAGCCAUUCAAUCCGCUUCUCGGAGAGAGUUAUGAAUGUAUUCGGGAAGACAAGGGCUUCUGUUUUUUCGCUGAACAGGUGAGCCACCACCCUCCCAUCUCCGCCUGCCACUGUGACUCCAAGAACUUCACCUUCUGGCAAGAUGUGAGAUGGAAAAACAAAUUCUGGGGAAAAUCGAUGGAGAUUUUACCGAUCGGGACAGUGAACCUCAUGAUUCCCAGGUUUGGAGAUCACUAUGAAUGGAACAAAGUCACCACCUGUGUGCACAACAUCCUCAGUGGACGACGGUGGAUCGAGCACUACGGGGAGAUCACCAUCAGAAACACAAAGAGCAGCGCUUGUCUCUGCAAACUUACCUUCGUCAAGGGGAACUACUGGAGUUCUAAUGUGAACGAGGUUCAAGGAUUUGUGAUGGAUCAAGAAGGGAAAGUGAUCCACAGGCUUUUUGGGAAAUGGCACGAGGGUCUUUACUGUGGCGUCCCACCUUCUGCCAAAUGCGUCUGGAGGCCAGGCUCCAUGCCCACAGACUAUGAGCUGUACUACGGCUUCACCAGGUUUGCCAUUGAAUUGAAUGAGCUUUGCCCCGAGUUGAAAGAUGCUCUGCCCCGUACAGAUGCUCGAUUCAGGCCCGAUCAAAGACAUCUGGAGGAGGGGAACUUGGAGAUGGCAUCCUUAGAAAAGCAGCGCAUUGAGGACCUGCAGAGAGUCAGGAGGAAGUGGAACGAGGAGAACAACAUCAAAAUGGAGCCGCGCUUCUUCAAGAAAGUGGUUGAUGCCAAUCACAGAGAGAGGUGGGUCUCCAACAACACGUACUGGGAGCUCCGCAAAAACCCCGGCUUCAUCAAUAUGGAACCUACAGUGAACCUGUGGUAGCACACGGAUUGCCACGUCCAUCAUAUCGUCAUGGCAGACAAGACGGCUGUUACCUAUGCACAAUGAGGUGUUAAGAGAAACACGUUAACGAUGAAACAUCCGUGUGCAAGGAUCCGAGCGACUGCAGAGCUGAGGGAUGGCCUGAUGCCCGGCGACCCCGGCAAAGGUUCUGCGGCACUGCCACAUGGUCAUCCAUCCAUGGAAACAUCCUGUAGGAUCACCUUCAUUGUGCUUACGGAAGCUGGGUUGUCAGGGCAGAAAUCGUACCACUCCUAUGUAGAUCUUUCCUCAGCUCCUUUGACUUCUGAGUAUGUCCUUGCCUUAAAAAGACACCCAAACGAGUCACGCGAUUUAGCGCUUUUUCGUUGAAGCCAUUUGAUUUCUGACAGCAGUUUGGGUUAGACUAGUCUCUGAAGUAGACCUUUUGAUUACCUACGAUACCUAUGUGCAUGUUUAUAGAGCAGCUUUCACUGGCAUUAAGCCGCAUUUACUAUAUCAUCAAUUAUUGUAGAAAAAAAGGUAUUUUUAUAAAAUAUCUUGGACUCAGAAUUUAGUGAAAUAGGAUUAUGUGAGUUGGCAGAUACAUUUAUUUAUUUUUUGCCUUUUAAUACUGUUGAAUCUGUGUGAUAGCAGUACUCUCUCUUGGGAAACAGCUCAUUUAAAAUUAAUCUCAACCGCUGCGGAGGCAGUAUGGCGUCCAUAGAUGGAAUUUUUAAUGAAUAUUUUCAAACAGCCGCUUUCAAAGCUGAUCACGAUGUGGAAGGAGAAGUAGGUAUUAAUAUGUAAAUCCUACUCUGGUGUUUUAGACACGUGACGCAGCUACAACCUAUACAGAUGUUUUUCUUUUUUAUAAACACAGAUCUGUCACGGAGUCCAGUUUCUCCUCACAGUGAAGACUCUGUGUAAAUAGAGGGACACCCUCACCAGUCCUGCCCCACUGUCUAAUUUUAAACAUUGUUACGUGAAACCAACUCCUCUGACUGAAUCACAUGGUUACAUAAAUACACACAUAACUCCCUCCAUAUAUAGUCGGCACAUAUAUGAUGCACUCUCUCAAACAUCAAACACUCACGACGGCUAAGAAAAGAUGGUGUAGUGGGUAUUACAGACCGCAAAGCUCUCAGAGACACUUUGUGAUUUUGGGCUUUAUAAAUAGACUUGACAGUGAAACAGGAGGAAAACUGCCACAUAUUUCCAUGAGACGCUCAUCUACAUAGACUGUGCGAUUAUUUUUCAAUCAUCAAAGAGUAUUUAAUUUAAAAAUGAGUCAUUUUCUGUCAGAAGUACUGACAAAUUCCCAUCACUUUUUACCAAAGCGAUGUCUUAAAAUACAUCCUUGUUUUGACAAACAACCAAAAAAUUAAAUGAUAUGAAACAUAUCAGCAGCAGUUUGGUAUUUUUCUUGAUCUGCAUUAUUAAUCAAUCAGCAAAACAUGAAUACAUGUUAGAUUAAUUAAUUAAUUAAUUAGUUAGUUAACACUUCCAUGACUCAUUCAGCCAAACGCAUACAGUUAGUCCAGCAUGAAACACCAGAGCCACCCACAGGUCUUCACAUGAAAAUGCAGUUUCAGGAGACUGGGUCAACAAUGUUAAAAUAUGUGUUUAAGCCAAAAUAAUAAUAAUUGUACAAUAACAAUUAUACUGUUCACUAUUCAAAAUGUGUGUGAUUCCCUAGAGACUUUACUGCUAUGAUCUGGGCUUCUGCAAAGCACCAGUAAUUUGCAGUUUGUGUAUUUAUUGCAAAGCAGAUUUAUGUUUUAACUAGUGUCCCCCUUUUGUGUUACCGAGUAAGAAAAUAUCACAGGGGUCUCUGACUGAAAUCAGCCCCAAACAAACAAACAAACAAACACACACAGGACACUGAAGGAAAAGAGAAAAAAAGUGAAUAAAAAUAUUAAGAGUGAAAACUAUGUGAAGCAAAUCCAUCUUGUGUGUGCUGUUUAUAUGGUACUGUAGAUUACAAACCAAAUGAGUAGUACUGCUUUGCCAUCAUAUACUUACCCACCUUUUUUUUUUAAAUGUACUUAAAGAGAUAGUUUUGUUUUUGAGUGUGAUUGUGUGAAGUACUUAUCCUCAGUCAGUGUAUUAGCUACAGUAGAUCUCUGUUGACAUGCCCCCAGUUUGGAGAAGCUGCAGAAAUAAAGGUACAUAAGCUAAGCAUUGUACUGCUGUGGCCAGGGGCAGCAGGAAAACACAUUUGAGUCACAAAAAGAGGCCCACCUAAAAAAAGAGCCAACAUUAGAUUAAUUGUACACUUAAGUUUAUAAUAUUUAGAAUGUUUUCACCUUGCCAUCAGACAGCCCUUUCUAAUGUGGAACUGGAGGCUCUCUUCAAAGCAGCCAGACUCCAUUGACAGAAGCAGUAUUUUUAUCCUUGAAAAUGCUUGAAUUUAAAUGUUGUAUUUUCUAGGUUUAAAAAGUGCUUGGAUUUUGGAUAAAGUGCUUGUAAAUGCUUGAAAUUCUUACUCUAUUUCUCUUGCAAUCUGACUAUAUCCAUCUAUAGACUAUAGAUAAUCACAUGUUCAAUGUAAAUAAUAAUGAGUAGCCUAUCUGAAAUGAAGACCGUUCCUCCUAAAAGUGUAAUACCAUCGCGGUUACGUGAAAUCUCCCCCUUUUAGUAUGUAAGUACUCAUCUAAAACAUGCAAUUUACAACAGGUGUAAGAUACUGGAAAAGCUUGAAAAUUGACAAUGAAAGUCCUUGAAAAAUGCUUGAAUUUGACCACUGCUAAAGUGUACGAACCCUGCGGAUAACUUGCUUGCAUUAUUUGACAUUUUUUGACAAAAAUCGACAUGCUAUAGUAUGGUUUUUACGUUUUUUUGACAUUGCAUAAUAUGGUGUUUUUCUGUAAUUUCUGGCCAUUUUAUGGUCUAAUAUGUAUAUACAGGCCAUAAUUGACCCAUUUUAAGCAUUUUUAGGGAUUUUAAAAUUUGACCUUUUUUUGACAAAAAUCAACAUGCUAUAGUAUGACUUUCUUCAGUUUUUGGACCUCCAAUGAUAUGGUGUUUUACUGUAAUUUCUGGCUAUAUUAUGCUUUAAUAUGUAUCAACAGACUGUAAUUGACCCAUUUUAAGCAUUUUUAUGCAUUUUAAAAUUUAAUAA